GGAGCUCAGGACGACGAGCUGAGAACCGACUGAUCCUGACACUUCACGGGUCGCAGCUGACAGAAAAGACUACGCAUUUGUUAUUCUUCUCCCAUCGGCUUUAAGAUAUGCCUGGUCCAGGGGCCAGGACGUAUCUCAAGGCCCUCGCAGCAGGUGCUGUCCUUUGCAUUGGGGGCCCUAUGCUCGUCAACUAUGUUACUCCCACCGAGGAGGAGAUCUUCAAGAAGUACAAUCCAGAGUUGCAGAAGCGUGCGCUGGAAACAAGGGAGCAGAGACAGCAGGAAUUUGACGACUUUGUUAUGAAGUUGAAGGAAGCAAGCAAGUCAAAUAAGCCGAUCUGGGGCCAAUUGAAGGAGAUUGAGAGGAAGGAGGCCCAGGAGAGAUCACAGCGCUCGAGAGACGAACAGGCCAGCUUGGAGGCCGAGGCUAAGAAGAGAAGAGCAGAGAUUAGGUCGAGUGCUUAAGAAAAAAGAGUGGUCAUUAUGCAUUCGAAUGUAUCAUAUUCACUUCCACUCUGGAUGGGGCUUUUGGCGUUGGGUUGGCGUGCAGGCACUGUUAUGAAAGCAUAUGUUCUACUGUAAGGUCCUAUGAAUAUAAAAUCCCGAAAAGAAG